UUUUUAUUUUUCUCUUUUCCCCCCUUUUUUUUCUAUACUACACACAUAUAUUCUAAAAUGAGCUCAGUUUCCUCUUAUGAAGGUAGUGAUAAAGACUCGUUCUUCCAAAGAAGCUUUGUAGAUGGUCAUCGUCAUUCAUAUCUUCGUAAAACUGAUUUACUGGAUACUUUGGACGCUACUUCUCGUUUACGUGAUACUGAUACUUGGAGUGUCGCAGCAACCAUCGACGACCAAGAGUCAGUCAUCAGUGCUCAUGGUGGACCACCAAGUAUCAUCAGCAGUAGUCGCAUGACCAUGGACAGAGAGACGGACGAUGACCACUCCACUUUGGACGGUGAAACCUCCAUUAGGGAUCACCUGCAUGAUAUUCAUCUUCAUGAUAAUAGCAGUCGACUUGAAACGUUGCGUGAUUAUGAUUCCAAUCCACACUUGUUGCGUGGUGGUGGCGUCGAUGAAGACCAAGAUGACAAACGUUCAAGAUCCAAUGCAGCAGAAUUUGGAGAUGAUGGUGCUCGUUCUGCAACUGCUGACUUUGACCACAGCAGUGUUGCAAGUGAUGAUAAUGUAGUUGAUGAUCAAAUAUCUGCUCCGCCACAACCCCAACCUAGUUUUGCAUCUGUAACAAAAUCAUAUGCACAAUUACUUGAAGAAAACGAAGUGCUGCAAUCACAGCUUCGUAAUUCCCAAUUAACUCAAAAACAUCAAGCGGACAUGAUUAGUAACUUGAGAAAUUUAACUGGUUGUGAUGAUGAAUUAUAUGGAAAGGCUUUGGAUUUAAGUGGCACUGAGAAGGAUAAGAAAGACAAAAAAGAUGAUGGUGAUAUUUUUGAUGCACAUGUUCAACCUAUCGUUAAUUCUCGCACAUUAACUCACAAGUUGGCCAGAUUAGCAGAAACCUUAACUCGGUUUGUUCAUGCAGCGGUUGAAGAUGAAUGGAGGCUGACUUUGGAACAGUCAUUAUUUUUACACAUCACAACUUUCUACUUAAAUUCACUUCCAUUUGGUACAGAAAAUCAGCACUUGCUAAAUACUGCUUAUUCGGAUCAAAUUCGUAGAUUUCAUAGUACUUUGGGUACAAAUUUCGCGAAAUGGUAUCGCAGACAAACUGUUCAAUCCCUAUCAUUAAAUCCUGCUACAAAAGAAUACCUUCAAGAUAUGAGAAAUAACCUAACCGAUGAAAUGUUCAAAUUAUUGAAUACAAUGACAAGAACAGAUGGAGAAUAUAUGCCAAUCUGGGAUGAUAUUUUGGACUUGUGUGCUGCUCUCUCACUAGAAAUCCAUGGCGGCGACGCUGAUGUAACUGCACAACCUAUUGCUGUUGGAAGCAAAUUUGAUCAGGACAUUAUGGCUUUAGUUGGUGACAUGAGUACUAAUACAGACAAGUUGGUGAAGAUGGUUAUCAGCCCCUUGUUUGUAGACGAAGAAGAAGUCGUAUUGUUACCCGCAAGAGUUGUUCUUGAAUAAUUUUUUUUUUUCAGUAAUAAAUUUCACAUCUUGUUUUAUCCUCA